AUGGAACUUCUAAGCAAAACUGAUGGCCAACAAUCACAUUCACCUGUAAGGAAAACCUCUGGGCGGCCUGCGACCGAGCCCGUCCAGCCAAACAUCUUCAAUGUGGUGCUAGGAAAUGUGCAGAUCAAGCCGUGGUUUCCAUCGUUCUAUCCUGAAGAGCUUGUUACCCCUCCAACCGAGCGACUGCUCGUAUGCCAAUGGUGCUUUAAAUACUCUAAGGAAAUCUUUCCGUACUUGACACAUACGAAGGUAUGCCCACUUCGCAACGGACCUCCACCCGGCACCAAAAUAUACAGCAAAGGACGAUAUACAUUGCACGAGCUCGAUGGGGAAGUUGACAAGCUAUACGCUCAGAAUCUAUCACUCUUUGCAAAGCUCUUUCUCGAUACCAAAUCUGUGUUUUACGAUGUGACGACCUUCUUAUACUAUCUUCUAAUCAUGGAGACUCCGUCUAGCGACGGAAAUGGCACAAGCCCUCAGGUUGUCGGAUUCUUUAGCAAAGAAAAAAUGAGCUGGGAUAAUAACAACUUGGCCUGUAUACUGGUUUUCCCACCAUGGCAACGGCAAGGUCUAGGGCAAGUUCUUAUGAGCGUAAGCUAUGAAUUGAGCAAACGGGAAGGCAGGCUGGGUGGUCCAGAGAAACGUAUGCUAUACCUUUAUCUUGGGCGCUAUGCCGUGCACUUACUAAAACUACUCGCAGCUCUCUCGACUCUCGGACGUCUUGCGUAUACGAAUUUCUGGGCGCAGACAUUGGCUCGCGUUAUGCUCGCGCGGCACGUACCUACACCACAAUCACACCAAAAGAACCCACCUACAACAGUUCGAGAACUUAGUGAUAUAACAUAUAUAGUUCCAGAGGACAUCGUGACGACUCUUCAGAGUAUGAACUUACUGGAUCACAAAAAACGUGCCGGGAAAGAACAAGCUGUCAUAGACAAAGUCAAAGUCAGAGCUUGGGCCGAGCAAAACGGAUUUAAAGCAGAGGCUCCUAUUGAUCUAACAGGUUUCAUCGAUACUGGUCGAGAAACAGCGAUUCCGAGUGUAGAGGAUUGA